AUUUUCCUUCCUUUUGAAAAAACCGAAAUUUCCAGCAACGAGCAGUCUGAAAGUGAUCGCGACGAUUAUGCUUCCGAACACUUGAGAUUUGCUGCAGUUGAUCAGUCAUCGCUGGACAACGCACACCGAUCUGUACAUAUCGAUAUUUUUGAUACUGAAACUUCAACUACAACAGCUCGAACACCGUGGAUUCAACAGCACGACAUAACCACGCAUCCGUCGGUAACUACAGAAUCCAAGAUACCAAUACAGCAUUCAACAACUAUUGCUACAACAACAUUGCCGCCUUCGAUGACAGUCCCUUUGGCCGAACUUCAACAAGCACCAGUUUCCACGAAAGCCACCAGCGAUUCCAUGGAACUGAGUAACAAUGACUAUUUGCAACCAGAGAGCAUCCAGCAGCAUCCAGGAAGCAAUGAAUUCUUGAUCAAAACUCUUACGCGAACAGAACCCGACGAGAACUCUGUGGUCAAAACGUUACCAACCGAUACAACUGGUGAUGAAUAUUUUCAGCAUGUUAAGGCCACCGCAACGAUGACACAUGUAGCGGACAAGAUGGCGAUUGUUCAGAAGGCAGAUGGAUCCGAUUCACAAAAUGUCGUGAUUUCACGUCCGGAAGACGGAACAACCAUCGAAUUAACACCAUCUGGAGAAGUGAUUUAUGUCCACGGUAGCAACCCGCAAGUCGGCGAUCAGGUUUGA